AAAAUUGAGACCUGUUUGUCCCAAUUAUUAACAGAAAUUUCGAUCUCACACGGACACAAAAGCCGAGAGAUGAUCGGGAGAACCGCGGCAAUGGAGGAACUUGCCCUCCACCAUUUUCAAAUGGGCCUAUUGCCCCGGUUGUCCACAUUCGUUAGGUGCAAAUCGCCUCGAUCCCUAAACGAAGCGAUCAACAUUGCUAUAUCCGAAGAAAGAAUCCAACAGGCGCUAUCCAGGCCAAAUCCAAAUCAAUUUAACCGUAACCGCAACCAAAGCUUUUCUAACCAAUCGAAUCAAAGAUCAAAUUUCGGCCCUAGCCGGCCUAACAACAAUUCUAAUUCCAACAACAAUUCCAAUCCCAACAACAAUUCCAAUUCCAACAACAAUUCCAAUUCCAACAAUUAUUCCAAUUCCAACAACAAUUCUUCCCGUCCGUUCUGCAGAUAUUGUAAAAACGCAGGACACACCCUGGAGCAAUGUCGCAAAAGGGAAUUUAAUAAUAACCGUUUCCGCAACUUUGAUCGAAACCAGCCCGGACCAUCCCAUCGAGUUCACUUCGUGUCCGAUGAAUCAUCGGAACCCAUCGAUGACGAAUAUCCGGCCGAAUCAACCGACGGGUAUGAUACCGUCGACAAUCACUCAAAAAACGAGUAACCGUCUCGUCCCGGUGUCGUGCGGGACCUCACAAUUGUGAAAUCGACACCCAAAAAUGUACUAAAUCCUCUGUAUCCGUGCAGCA